UUGGACUCCACGUUACUAAAGAAGUGAAAUAAUUGAACUUUUUGUUUCACGAUUCCUCUGUUUGGAUAUAAAGUUACUUUUAAUAUUAAAGGAACCAACGUGUUUUACGAUUAAUUGGCUCUGCUCGUGAACAAGUUGCAUUGGAAGAGGUCAAAAUUUGUGACUAAAAAUGGCCAGCGGUGAGGAUACUUCUGGUUUGAGUGAUAAAGACUUGUCAGAGCUGAGUGAUGGAGAUAAGCCAAAGAUGUCCGACAAGCGAGAGAUAUUGCUGGAUGAGCCAAAAUGGCGGUGGCUGGAUGAGCCAAAAUGGCGGUGGUUGAGUGAAGAAGAAAAACAAAAUAAGAAACACUUGCAAUGGAUGCAGAAUAUUAUUGUAAGUCCGGAAGAGACAAUUCACAAUCUGGAGUUGAAGAAUUGGAGGCUGGAAGCACAUAUUAAACAGCUGACCUGUGAGAAUUCGAGAUUGGAGGAUGACAACUCAAAGAUGAAAAAACUUCAUCAAAGAAAAGAGGGUGUAGUUUUACGAACAAAGCAACUAGGGAAAUACUGUUUCUUGUAUUACUGGCUGCAUUCGGACUGCCAUGUCUCUCUUGAAACACCUGCAAGAACAUACAUAAGUAUCCACCCACCAGACACAACGGGAUUUCAUUCACAUCAACCGAACGUGGUACAAUCCCUGGAAGAGGAUAUUAAGCGCCUAGGGAAUCCAACUGAGAUUAUGCCUUUAGUCGGUCUAAAUGUUGACGAAAUAGAUGAAUGGUACAAAACAAUUGGUGUUCACUUUGAACAGUGGACUGAUUAUUACCGAAUGCUAGAAACUGCUCUCGUAAAAGGAUCAGACGACUUCAAGAAUUACUUAGCAAAACACAAACCCAGCAUUCCAAACAAAAUGUGUCCACUCUACAUCUAUUCAGCUGCCUGGGAACACACAUUGACAAACUGCGACAGCUCAAGAUGGCAUAACGACUGAAUAUACUAACGUUCCUGAACAUAAAUUAUCUAUUUUGCAUAGCUUAUAUUUAUUAAGACCAAAGACCUCUCAUACUGUAACAAUAUAUAUAUAUGAACACUAAUUAUUUCAAAGAUUUGCUUUUUAAUAUUUUGUAUAAUUUUAUUGAUGUGGUGUGGCGUGUUUCUGGUGUUUGAAUUAGGGAACAUGGUGUUAAUAUGUAUGUGAAUCUAAUUCAUUGUCGUUAAGGUCCUUGUAUUGUGUGCAUAGACAGUUUUUCAUAUUUCGACUACUGGGUUUGUCCCUGUAGUUUGUGUUGUAGCAUUGUAUAAAAUGCCAAUACAAUAUAAAUAGUGAACAUUUAAGUACUACUUGUGUGCAAUAUGUAAAUCACAUGACAGUUAAUCAUUCCGAAUCUACUAUUUUUGAUUACCGCAAAACAGUAAAUUUAAAAAUUGUAUAAACUGUCUUAUGCAUCAAAGCUGAUAUCCUACUAUGCAAUAUAUUCUAUUUCGUACCUUUUAAUUUUACGCUAAAGCACAAGUAGAUUGAAUAAUAAUUGGUAUUGUCAUGACCGAUAUAUUGCAUACUACUUAGCAUAAGUAAAAUAAACUUGCUAUACUUCAACACCUUUUAUUUGAGUGUGCAAGUGUUGUUUCCCCAAAAAAUAAGUAAUUGCUUUGAUAGUGUAGUUAGCAUGUGCACACUUUAUGGUAUUUUUAGUGAGUUGAACAUUUAAUAAAUGGUACAUUAGAAAGUAUUUGACUGUAACAGUUCUUUAUGUUGUCAUGUGUGAACUUAAUGAUUAUAUUUUUUGUUGUUUCAUUAAUUAAGAAAGUAAAUAAUACAAUGCGAAAUCCGAAUUAUGAUACUUGUAUUCAAUCAAACUAGUAUUUUAAACAAAA